GAGGCGGUGGGCGGUAAGAGAAGGAAAGGGGAAGGGAGCGCGCAGGUGCCUGAAGGGGAGGAGUUGGAGGACUUGAUACGAUCGCUGCGGCGUAAGAAGCGGCGACGGGAUGCAGAUGAGGAGUAAGGCAGCGGAGGAUGGGUAGGGCUGAUGGAAGCUGACACGGGGCAGGAACCUUUUGGAUGGAGAUCUGGAAGGCUUAGAAAGGGCGUAAGUACUGUAUGGGGACUUGAAAAAGCAGACAAGUAAUGUACGACAGCAGUAGUACGACUUAGUCAUGAGGUACGCUGACCGUUGAUUAAUGUGGAGCAAUGACUGAUGCCCUUCGCAUGUUUGCAAGACAAGAACGAGAUCAGUUCUGGAGUGGGACCUUGCUGGGCUUUCUACCUGACGGAAAACCCCUUCGUCGCGUGCAGAAAUUACUGUCUAGGUUGUGAUUUUGCAAUUCAGGAGCUUUUAUUCAUAAAUUGGGCAAAGAGGAUGCGACAGUGCCGAAUAGCGGCGCCACAGGGCGCGAGGGGACAGCCGUUCGCGCACCGUCGACAGGCGCUCCGGGGGCGGACUGCAUCUGUAAGCCCAUUUGCAGCAGCCGUCAGCGGGACCGGGAGCAUGGGCGUUGCUGCAACCCACCAGCAGCAGCAGCAGCAGCAGCAACAGCAGCAUUCACAACUCCCCAUCUCGGAUGAGUCCAAGGCCAUCGGUUGCCUGCUAGGGGCCAUGUGUGGCAAUGUGUUGGGUGCACCGCACCAAGACGACCGGCACUUCCAAGUUGUACGGCAACGCCGCAACGGUGUAACGGACUUUUGGCGGUACGACAUUGGACCUCAUCCCGUACAGUACGGACACUACACAGGCGACUUCUCCAACUUGCUCGCCGUGGCAAUAUCUCUCGUCCAGUACGGCACCCUAGAUUGCGGUGCCGUACUGACAAGCCUCGUACAGAGCUACGACCCAGAUCGCCGGCGGUACAGCAUGUACGACAAGAUUGUCAUGGAUGCCGUACUGGCGGGUACGGAACCCCUGCAGAUUCCCCAGCUGGCCGAGCGCUACCUGGCCGAGGCCACCCGGCGGCUGGCCAGCAGCAGCAGCGACCGACCCGAGCGGGAGCCACAUGGGCCCUGCGACCUGGGCGCGGCGGCGCGGGCAGCGCCCAUCGGCUUCGCGUACAGGUCGGCUGGCCCCGCUGCGCUGCUGUCCGCUGUGCGCUCCUCUCUGGAGUUCUCGCACCCCACUCCGCUGGGGCUGGACGCGGCUCAUGUGGUGGCGGCGGCGACUGCCUGGCUGGCGCGACAACAGGGGCAGCAGGCGGCAGGCGGGCAGCAGGGGCAGCGGUCCCCGCAGGCGGGAGUUGUGGCUGGCAGCAGCGGCAGUGGUGAUGGACCUGGUGGUACCAGUACGGCAGGCAGCAGCAGCAGCAGCAGCAGCGGCGGCGGUCCAGAGGCCAUGCUGUCGUACUUGAUUGAUGAGGUGGCGGUGACGUCAGACAUGCUGGGGAAGCUGCGACUGCUGCGGGAGAGCCUGUUCCAGGUUGACGCAGUGACCGACUGGCGAGCCUUCUACGCGGGUCCCCAGUGGCACGCGCUCGCCUCCCUCAUGACCCGACUCUGCUUCCACGGCUUUGCGACGGCAGGCAGUGAGUUUGCGGCGGUGGCGCUGCUGGCGCUCAUCACCAACUGGAACCGGCCGGAGCAGGCAGUUAUCGUGGCGGCGUCGUUUGGGGGCCACGCGCCCGCUACCGCGCAAGUGGUGGGGGCGUUGGCAGGGGCGCUGCAUGGACGGGAGUGGGUGCCGGAGCGGUGGUGGAGUGAGGUGGAGAAUGGCGAGGAUGGCGGUCGGGAUGUGGUGGUGGAAGUGGGGAAGGCGCUGGGCGCGUUGCGUGUUGAUGAGGAGGGAGGAAAGCGUGGGGAGCAAGAGGAGGGGGAGGGUAUGGAGGGAGAGGAGGCAGGGGCGAAGGUUGAUGGCGAGGCGCGAUGAUGCGGUGAUGGCGCGGCGGUGUUUUGGGCCGUUGGCAAAGGCAGUUUUAUCACUGGUAUAGAGGGUGUGAAGUAUUUGCGUUGGCCGCAUACUGAGAGGAACCCAUGAAUCCUAUCCAGUCCAGGGAUAGUACGGACGGGCAACGGGCAACUGCCAAAAUGGCGCGGAGACAUGUUAACAAGGACUGCUUGUAGAACCUGAUCAUCUACUUGUUCAUACUGAAGUUCUAUUGCUUUUCAUUACGUAAACGUCAUGGACAAAAAGCGCAGCCGAAAGUCAGUCGCUGCAGAGACCGAAGACAGCGUCGAUGACGACGACGUUUUCCAGCCGUCCGAGGAUGAGCAAUCAGAGUCAGAUGAAAGCGAGUAUGAGCCUGAGGCCCGCCCAGCGAAGCGUUCGGCAAAGGAAGGCAAGGUGCCCGCCGAGGAAAAGUCAAGCAAGAUACAACAGCAGGUUGCUGACCGACUACGCAAAUCCCUGGCAACCAGCAUCAAGGCGCAGAUGGUUUUCAAGAAGUCACUCAAAUACGGUAGCUCUCGCAUCAACGUUGAGAUUCCCAACUUGAAGUUGACCGACCUCGAAGGCAUCCUGGGGCCGGGCUUGGUGGGUAAGGCCAGCAAGGGCCCCAAGCAAGUGACGGUCACCACCUCGGGCGACGACCUCCGCAAUCUCUUCGGAGUUUCCCUGCGUAAGGGGCUCCGGUACGGCGCAGAUCUGGUCAUCAAGGACGAAGCCAUGAAGUUCACCUACAACAAGGAGACCCAGAUCUUGAAGGCGACGGCCGCCUGCGUGAUGAUAAAGUAGUAGGGGUUUCCUCCGACUCGCGUUGGUAUGGGUGCGCCACCAUAGCCGCAAUGGCGCAUGGUGGCGCACCGAUACAUGAAGGGGUGUUGGUGGUGGGUGAUCCCGGUGAUCCUGAGUGGUGGGGAGCUGCAUGAGUGUACCCGCGUUUUGAAUAUUUUGGCUAUUUGGUCUGGUACGGCAGAAACUUUAUAUAGCAACACACGGCAAGAGGUGUGGCACUUGAGGAGUUGUAGUAGUUAGGUAGCAAUGCACAGCUCGUGAUUACUACAUGUGCAGCCCAUGUGGCUAGCACACAAGCUGAGAGCUGUUUUAGGCAGUUGCCUCUCAUUGAGGAUUGAGGUAUGACAGCAGGAUGAUCCCCCUGGCAUGGAUGGGGCGGCUUUCGCCAUCAAAGAAGGGAAGAUGGCAUCUCGGGAUUAUUCCC